AUGCCUAGGCCGUCCCCACCAAGUGAUGAAGAGGUCCGAUGCUACUAUGUCGGGCUCCCAGGAAAGCCAAGGCUCGUGGCUAGAUCAAGCUCUGAUUCGUGGACUGGUCCCCAAACAGACCUCGGCUGGACCCGUGGAAAGACCCUGGAUCCCGUUGAUCCGCAACAUCCGAUUGUCGCACUCUGGAAUGAUUCGGCUGGGCGACUGCGACAAGAUUUCUUGGAGGCCCUUGACAGAAUACAAUGGGUCGCGAUUGAUAUUCUACGACUCGGAUACCAGAACGUGAGAGGUACCCUUGACGAGACACCACUCAAUCCGGUAACGGUUCUUGUGUCUGUUGCGCCUAACACCACCACCUGGAACGUAGGCGUCGACGUUGUGUUAAGAUGCCGUGAUAUCUUACGGCAGCACGGGAUCCAUGACGUUGAAGUUGAGAUGAAGGAGUCCAAGAUCUCGCAAUGCAACCUUGGCGCCAAGCCUGUCCAGGAACCACAAAAGCUAACAUCAGGCCCCGUAGCCCAACCCGAGGAGUCGAACGCACUAUUUUCCGAGUUCUUGGGCCUCUCGAUCGCCCCAUUGGAUUCGCCUUACCAUGAAGGUACCAAGGGCCUCUAUCUUCGCAUCCGCGGUACGACAAGGAAGUUGCUCUUGACCUGCCGCCACGUUGCUUUCGCUGGGUCAGACGAUAACAAGGACUUCUUCCACUCCGGUGAUGCCCCAAGGGCCAUAAUUCAACCUGGCACCGGCACGCUUGAGGAAGCCCGUAGGCUUGUGCAGGCCGAUAUUCGACUCUCCGAGCGGGAUAUGGAGACAAAUAGAGACCUUCCUUGGGCGUCAGCGAUACGUGAAUUCGACAAAGCAGCGGCCGAAAAGGUGGCCGGAGAAGCCCUGGAACAGAGGCUGAGUGCCCUUGAGGAACCCUCCAACCGAACCAUUGGUCACGUCCUGUUCUCACCGAAGAUUAGUGAGGGUCGAUCCCCGUCGGGUGAGAAACGUUGCAGAGACUGGGCCUUGGUCGAACUGAACCAAGAGAAGCAUGUAUCAGUCCUGGCAACCUUGACGAACCGAGUUUUCUGCGGCAUGACAGGGAAGAACGACACUUGGAGGGUAACCAAGGCCGAACUCGAGGGGUGCAAUCCAGCACAACACUACAAUCUACAAUUUGACGACCAGACGCACACUGUAGAGCUGAGGGGAACCGUUACUAAGGAUACCGUGGCGACCCUCCCUACGGAAUCAGCAUCGCUGCAAGACCCGGCUUUGGUGGUUGCACUAUACGGCAGCACCACGGGCCUUUCAGUCGGUGUCGCCAACGAGGUCAAGUCUGUUAAGCGGAACCUGAUUGGCGGCACGACCUUCGUGUCCGAGGAGUGGUGCAUUCUUGGCGUCAAAUGGAGAAGCGGCUCUGGCAGAGGGGUGUUCUCUGAGCGGGGCGAUUCAGGAUCCUGUGUGUGGGAUAUGGAUGGCCGAAUUGGCGGUAUGUUGACUGGUGGGCUCGAUGGCGGGAAUGGGAGCUUCGACGUGUCGUAUGCUACCCCAAUCGAGUGGCUACUUCAAGAUAUCCGUGAACAAUCGGGUCUGGAUGUUGAGUUGGCUUGA